UCAUCCGUUUGAGAACGGUAAGGACUGAUCCAUUUCCUGAGACAUCCAGUUAAUACAGAGGUCUGAUAGUUUUCAUUCUGUUACCUUUUCUUUUGUCUGUUGUCCUUCGCACUGAAUUUGUUUGAACUGAUAUUGUUCUGAUUUUAUAAGCCACAGUUAAUACAUCACACUCUGGACAUGACAUCGUACAGAGGAGUUCUACAGCCACUGUCCUAUGGAUUUUUCAUAUGCAGUUUGUUAUUGAUGCUGGGUGUCACCGUGUUGGACAUGUCUAAAAAUCAAAGAGAAAAGACGAUGGAUUAUGUUCAAGAGGACAGAAAGAAGCUGCUAAAACAAAUGUGUCACGAAGAAGACCUUAUGAAAAAACCCAAACUUCAUCACCUUCUCGUCGAUGACGCUCAUGGAAUCAUCUACUGUUAUGUUCCCAAGGUGGCGUGUACCAACUGGAAAAGAUUCUUGGUAGUACUUAAAAGGGGUGAGCCAUACGGUAACCCCCGUAAUGUCACUGUCCAUGUCCAUGUCACCAGCCUCAUCACAUACCUAAAGAAGUACCCAAAGAAUGAACUCGAGGCCAGGCUGAAGCACUACACCAAGUUCCUCUUUGUCAGAGACCCAUUCAUCCGACUCAUCUCUGCCUACCGACACAAACUUGAGAGGCCCAACGGGUACUUCUACAAAGUGUAUGGCCGAGACAUCAUGCGUCGACAUGCAAACUAUUCCAAUCCACCUAGCACGGUGGAAGAGGCUUUCAAAUUAGGCAUGCAUCCUUCGUUUAAAGAUUUCAUUAAAUAUCUUUUGGACCCAGAGACCCAAAGCAAAGCUCUCAACAAUGAGCACUGGAGACAGAUUCAUAAGCUGUGCUCCCCUUGCCUUAUAGACUAUGAUUUCAUUGGACAUCAGGAGAACAUGUCCGAGGACGCUGAACAUCUGAUGAGGAUUUUGAGGCUGCAGAAUGACAUUACGUUCCCUCCUUCCUAUGACAACGUGACAAACAAUCAGUUUGUUGGAAACUGGUUCAAAGGGGUGCCUCCAGAGAACAGGAGAAAACUUUACCAGCUGUAUGAGAAAGACUUCAAGCUUUUUGGAUACAGGAAGCCAGACGAUCUGAUUGCGGGGUUGAUAUGAGGUUAUGAUGUUACAUCCUUCUAAAUCCUAUUUGAAACUUAUUACAGAUACUAUGUCCACAGUAUACUUGCCUUGUCAUGUUUCAUAUUUCAAAGCAUUGGUAUUAAAGUCCAAAACAACCUAGAAACUUCAAAUCAACAAAUAUUAGCUACACAAUAGUCCUCACUCACGUUGAACAACGUUUGCAGGAGC